AUGUUUGAUGGUAGAUCCUCAUUUCUGUAGGUAGGCCACAUAUUCCCCUGCUAAUGGUUACCUGAGUUAUAGCACCACUGAUAUCUUUAAUAACCUGAAUAAAGUCCCAGGUAGUCACUGGGAUAUACUUAAGUGCCCUGGCAGAGAUGUUGCACUUUGAGCUUCCAGACCUGAGAGAAGAUCCCAAGUGCCCGUCUUUGGCAGGUCUGGUGGUCACAGGUACUGGGUUUGGCCACCAGUGUUGUGUUCUGUGCCAGUCCUGCCCUCCUGGGGAGGACCCCCAGCUGUCCCAUCACUCCUUUGGAAAUGCUUAGUGCUGCCUGAGAAGCAUUCUGCUGCAGGCUGCUGUGCAGGGGACUUUGCUCCUUCAACUUCCCAAGAAUAUAUCUCUUACUGAAUACUCCAGGGAGUAAUACUUACUCCUAAGUGAGGAGUUCCCAAAUUGAGCAGUUCUAUGUGCUGCUAGGUGCAGGAUUUCAGCACACUGCCUCCUCUUGGUUUGUUGCACUGUACUCUCCUUGCUGCCCGUUAUGUGGCUGGAAAAGAAUACGAUUUUGAGCAAACCAGUGACCAAACCCCAGUGACUGAGCUGUGCAUUAGCUGGUCCUGGAAUAAGAGAGGUGAUGACUUGUGGUGGAUCAUUUCAGCACCUGCCAGAAACAAUAAGCUAUUCUGUUUCUGUUGUGGAAAGUGAGAAAAGACUUUCCCAGAGAUAAAGAGCACGCUCUGUUUGCAGCUUAACUCACUGUGAAGCUCAACAGAAGGCCCAGACAAAUCUGUCUGCCUGGGGCACACAGAAGUAGAGCUUCUUACCUUGCUGCAGCAGAGCAGCUCUAAUUUCUUCAGGUUGAGUUUGAUUUCAGAGCAACCCACAGAACUGGAAAAUACCAUUCUUUCCUAUUUUGAGAGCCUCCUUCCUCAUUCUUAUCAGCUGGUAGUUGAAAGCCACUAUAAAGAAUUCAUUGUCAGGGACAUUCUGUGCUUUCCCACUCACACUGUUUGUCAGCAUCACCUUGGGUCCAGCCUCAACUCUUAACUCCAUCAGCUUUUCCAGAUUCUUUUAAAUAUAUCAAGAGUUGGAAUUCAUCUGCCCUGUAUCACCUCAGAGCUCUGCUGCACCAGGUUGAAAAUAAACAAAAGGAAAAUACUUCUAAAACCUGAAUGUUAAACUGCAGUACUUAAAACCCACUGGAAUUUUAGGAAGUCCAAAGUGUAAAUUGGUUCAAAGGGGGAUUAGGCAGAUUCACAGAGGAUUUGCCCAGUACAGAUCUUAACAGGGACAUUGUCAGUGCAGCUCAAGCCAAGUGAGAUUCUUCAGCAGCUGAGUCCUUGACUGGGGGAUGUGCUGAAGAGGAACAUCCUGUUAGUUGUGUUUCUUACACUCUCUCCCCAGGUAUUCACAUUCCUGGUGUGAAUAGGAACAGGAUAUUCAAGCACAUGGCCCUUUCAUUGGCCUGACUGCAGCAGUCCUUAGCUUUGCACAUCCUAAGAGAUUUUGGUUCCCUCUCCAGAAUGUGUGAGUUGUUCUGCUGGGAGGAUUCAGACAGAGCUGAUGAGAGGGGACAGGGCCUGGAGCUGAGGGUUGUGCUUCCAAACAGAGCAUGUGGGUGAGUCAGUGCUCUUACUGCAGCCUUGCCUCUGCAGAGAGGUCUGUUCCAGCCACAUCCUGAUACUUUGGAGCUGCCUUAAUCUGCAGAAUGCUUCUUCUCUUUCAGACUUUUCUGUUGGUCUAGCACAUUGCCAUUAAGCAGAGUUUUGUCUUGCAUUGUAUCACCCAAAGUUUGAAAGCAGGGUUAAGGUGUACACUGUUAACCCAGAUGCCUUUGGUCCACUUGUAACAUGAGUUACAGGACAAGUUUGUGGAUUGUUGCUUGCAUUAUGCUCUGGGAGGGAAUGCCCAGAUGGAUUUCUUAUGCUCCAAAUGUUUCCAGGGUCUGUUUCUACCAAGCAAAGACUAGGCAGCUGAAAGUGGGAGUUACUUUAGGACCUUAGUGGUUCAUUGCAAACUUGUGCAAAGUGGCUGAGGUCAUUCUGAGGGGUUUGUUAGCUCUGUUAAGUAUACCUAUAAAUAAAUUUACCUUCUUCAUCAGGAUGCCUUGAGGUUUUUUUUUACUGAUAACUGUUGGUUCUGCUGUCUGUCUGUGAAACUGGGUGGGGGAUAUCUUUGAGCAGGAGACAUUGCUCAUAUUCUGAACAGCAUCUUGUUUAUCAUCUUGGAAGGAUUCUCAUCUUCAAACCCUUAGGACCUUUCUUUCAGAUAUCUUUGUUUCUAUUUCACUUUUUUCUUAUUUCUGUCAGCCAACCUAAAACAUGUAUUAGAUCCUGCAUUGCUCUGGAAUUGGCUUAUUCUAAAAGUUCUGUCUCGUAACUAAAAGUGAACAGAAACACCAAAAUCUUUGGGGGUGAAACUUGCUGUGCAUUUCUAAAGAUUACAUUUGCUUUAGUUUCUGAUUGGGAUUGUAGGAACAGUGCUUUAUCUACCACCACAGAAAGCAUUACUGUGUAUUUAGAUAAAAUAAAGAGGUGGUGGCUUUGAAAUCCAGUUGUUGGGUAUGAUUUCCUUAAAUUCCUGCUUGUCUAAGUUUCAGAAGCUGGAUGCCUUCUCUGUCCAAGUAUGUUCUGUUUAGUUCUGAGCAAACCAUUUGUGAGUGAAAUUUUGCUUGUCCAUUCAGAGGGAAGGAUAUGAAAAAAGAGUUAAACAGCCAUCAUCAGUGAAAUUAAAUCAGGCUUCCUCCUUCAUUGAUAGAGAUGAGUAAGCCCAAAUAAACAAAAGUACUGGUUUUUUUUCAUUCAGGGCCUAAAACAGUGCUAAAUUUAGAACUGGAAUUACUCUGAUAGGAAGGGCUAGGUUGUUGCCACGUCAUUUGAUUCUAGUGCCUUUUUUGUAGUGCCUACUGAGAGCCUGUUUGGGGACAUGAUGUUAUUUCAAGUCUUGCACUGCCUUCCCACUUGCAGACUCCAGCUCUUUCUCUCUUUCCCUCUUCAGGUUUGUCAACCAUUAUCUCCUUUUGGGGGUUAAUUCAGUUUUAGACCAUAUUACUUGCCUCAUCUCUAAGUCUUGACCUUUCUGUCUUACGAUGAUGUCAGCCAUGAGGAGUUGGGCUGUAACUUGCCCUCUGAGGUUGGCAGUCUGCAUCACACCUUCCUGUUCAAGUCACUGUUGGUGCCCUGCAAAGUCACACUGAUCUUUUUUCCUAACUCUGCAUUGCCUGCUUGUGUCUAUCUUGCUACUUGUUCUUCUUAUGACUGCUUUUAACAUCAGAGCUUUACCACCUUUCUUCUUGUCACCCUCCAGAACUCUUCCUAGUUCUAACUUAAGCUUUUCCAGCUGUUCCAUGUCUGAAUAUUAGCCUAUGUAAUUUUGGGGCUAUGCAGCAGCUGUAGUUAUAGUGUAAUAUUGUUAAUAUCUGUCCUCUGACCAGAUUAAUGCGUGUUGUCAUCCUGUGUCUUGUUAAGACUCACACUUCAGGGCUUGAAAGGAGUUAUUUCUACCUCUCUGUUUAAGAGAAAAAAGGUAUUUUAAAAAUUAAAAAUGUGUUAGCUCCAUAAGAACAGAUCAGGAGAGAGGACAGACCAGAUUAUUUGGAUGGAGAAGAAGGCAGGGCUGGGGAUAUUACCACAGAACAUUGGUGUGGAGCCUCCUGAAUUGGUGCUGUGAUACCCCAGUGUGUCAUUUAGCACAAGCAAGUUUCUUUGCUGUGCUGUGGUGAGACGUGUGAGAGCUGUAGAGUUCUCAAAGGUCUGAAAUACCAAACUACUGCAUCCUGCUGCUGACUUUUGUACCCUCACAAGCAGAGGUGAUUCACCUGCUGGUGUCUGGUGUCCUGGUUAUGGCCUGGCAGCAUUCCUGGGCCUUGGUUUACUCCAGCAGUGUUCAGUAGAGUGCACAGUUCAUGUUCUGUGUUAGACUGCUUUUCAUUAACUUGCAAGUCUCUCUCUCAUUUCCAGUUGCCAUCUUCUAAAUGGAUUCCAGUGAAUUUUCAGGAUCUCUGGACCCCCUGUCCCUGCCUGACAAACCCCUCAUUGGUGAUCUCCCUGCUGACAUGGAGUUUGGUGAAGAUCUCCUGGGCUCCCAGACAGCUUCUACCCAGGAAGUUUCAGUUCUUCAGCCCCCUGGCUGGGAUCAAUCCAAGCAGAUGACUGCAGAUGAGGACUUGGACCUUGUAGUGAAAGCAGACAACGUGCCUGAACUAAAUAAAUCAAAUGACUGUGUUCUAGAUAAACCUGGUGUCUUGGAUGUGCUGGAGAAAUCUGGUGUCAGGGAUGAUUUGGGUAAAACCUCUGACUUGGUGGAUAAACCAGAGGGUCUGGAUGGGCUGUGUAAGGAACAACCUUCCCAGGACGUGGAGGGUGGACCAGCAGAGUCCUCUGCCCUGUCUAGAGAAGCUGUUGGUCCAGAAACAGGGAAAGAAGGGGAGGAUGCACCAAAAAAUUGUUCUGGGGAUGUAAAGGAAGAUGGUGCUGCUGCUAUUCCUGCACUGUCUGGUGACAAUGCCCCUAAAUCACCCCAACAACCUGUCCCUGACUCCAGGGACCUCAGCAGUGCCCCAGCCAAGGAAGAAACCACAGCACAGUCCUCAAGUCCCACAGUGCCCCCACCCCAAAUCAGUCUGAAACAAACAAAGAAGAUGAAGUUGAAGGCACCAAGGAAAAGCUCACCUUUGCAGAGGGAAGGGCUGGCAGGGGAAGCAGAGGUGCAGCUGAGCCCAGACAGCAGAACUGCAGCUUUGCCCCCUGAGCCUGUGGAGAAAAAGCGGGCAGAGGAAGGGGAUGGUAAUGGGAAGAACUCACUUAAAGGAAACAGUGCACUCAAAGCACAGGAAGCCUUACCACCUGCAGGAGAAAGCCUGUCUAGGAAGGGAAGCGAGCUGCCAGCUGAGAAGGAGCAGAAAAGAAGUGAACGACCCAGAAGAUCAGAAACUGUCAGGCCUGAGACUGUGAACUCCUCAGAGAGCAUUCCAGUGUCUGAUGAGGACUCUGAUGCGAUGGUGGAUGAUCCCAACGAUGAGGAUUUUGUCCCGUUCCGGACGCGGCGCUCCACGCGGAUGUCGCUGCGCGCUCAGAUGGCGCAGCGCGCCGCCCGCUCCUCCUUCACCAAGAUGACGUGUGCCAACUGCCGGACCCCGCUGCAGAAGGGUCAGACUGCCUACCAGAGAAAAGGCCUUCCUCAGCUCUUCUGCUCCAGCUCCUGUCUCACCACCUUCUCAAAAAAGCCACCUGGCAAGAAGAUAUGCACCUUCUGCAAAAAGGAGAUCUGGAACACCAAGGACUCUGUGGUUGCCCAGAUUGGUUCAGGUGGCUCUUUCCAUGAGUUCUGCACCUCUGUCUGCCUUUCCCUCUACGAGGCCCAGCAGCACAGACCAGCACCUCAGUCUGCAGAUGCCUCGGACACCGGCCGCUGCAGUGUUUGCCACAAACCUGGCGAGAUCCAGCACGAGGUCAGCAAUGGGAACGUCGUUCACCGCAUCUGCAGCGACGCCUGCUUCACCAAGUUCCGGGCCACCAAGGGGCUGAAAACGAACUGCUGUGACUACUGUGGACUUUAUAUCUACAACAAGGGCUUGCCCCUGGAGUACCUCUUCCAUGAAGGCCAGCAAAAACGCUUUUGCAACUCUGCAUGUCUCAACAGUUACAAGAAGAAGAACACUCGGGUGUACCCCUGCAUGUGGUGCAAGACACUGUGCAAGAACUUUGACAUGCUGCCCAACGUGGAUCGCAGUGGCAAGAUGGGCCUGUUCUGCUCCAUUUGCUGCACUACCUCCCACAAAGUGAAGCAGUCAGGCUUAGUUGGUCCCCCUAGACCCUGCAGCUUCUGCAGAAAGAGUUUAUCUGAACCCUGCUAUUACAACAAGACAGACCGGGUUGUCUACCAGUUCUGCAGCCCCAGCUGCUGGACCAAAUUCCAGCGCACCAGCCCCGAAGGUGGGAUCCACCUCAACUGCCAUUACUGUCACAAUCUGUUCAGCGGGAAGCCGGAGAUCCUGGACUGGCAGGACAAGGUGUAUCAGUUCUGCUGCAAGGACUGCUGCGAGGACUUCAAGCGGCUGCGUGGGGUGGUGUCUCAGUGUGAGCACUGCAAGCAGGAGAAGCUGCUGCAUGAGAAGAUCCGUUUCUCUGGAGUGGAGAAGAACUUCUGCAGUGAAGGUCAGACUUCAGAGCCAAAACCAGCUGUCCCUUCCACACAGAAGGCAGAAACUAACAUGCUGUCAGCAAAGGCCUCCUCAGCCCAAACCUCUCCAGCUGUGCCGCCUCCUGCCCCACCUCUGGUUCCAGCCACCCCUCGGAAAAACAAAGCUGCCAUGUGUAAACCCCUGAUGCAGAACCGGGGUGUCUCCUGCAAGCUUGAAAUGAAGUCCAAAGGAUGUCAGACAGAGGCUGACUGGAAGCCCCAGCUGGUUGUGUUGCCAAUCCCUGUCCCGAUCUUCGUGCCUGUGCCUAUGCAUAUGUACUGCCAGAAAGUACCUGUGCCUUUCUCCAUGCCUGUCCCGGUGCCUGUGCCAAUGUUCCUGCCCACCACGCUGGAGAGCACAGAGAAGAUUGUGGAGACCAUUGAGGAACUGAAGGUGAAGAUCCCCUCCAAUCCCCUAGAGGCUGACAUCCUGGCCAUGGCUGAGAUGAUUGCAGAGGCUGAGGAACUGGACAAAGCCUCCUCAGACCUGUGUGACCUGGUGAGUAACCAGAGUGCAGAAGGUCUCCUGGAGGACUGUGAUCUGUUUGGACCAGCCCGGGACGAUGUGUUGGCCAUGGCUGUCAAGAUGGCAAAUGUCCUUGAUGAGCCGGGCCAGGACCUGGAGGCUGACUUCCCUAAGAACCCUCUGGACAUAAACCCCAGUGUGGAUUUCCUCUUUGACUGUGGGCUGGUGGGACCAGAUGAGGUGUCCACAGAGCAGGACCUGCCUCGAGCUGUGCGGAAGGGGCAGAAGCGCCUGGUGCUCUCUGAGAGCUGUUCCCGGGACUCGAUGAGCAGCCAGCCCAGCUGUACAGUGCUCAACUACUCCUAUGGUGUGAAUGCCUGGAAAUCCUGGGUACAAGCCAAGUACGCAGGGGGAGAAAGCAGCAAGGGAGAGGAGCUACGCUUCGGCCCCAAGCCCAUGAGGAUCAAGGAAGACAUCUUAGCCUGCUCAGCAGCUGAGCUCAACUACGGCCUGGCACAGUUUGUCAAGGAGAUAACGCGGCCCAACGGGGAGCGCUAUGAACCAGACAGCAUCUAUUACCUCUGCCUUGGCAUCCAGCAGUACCUGCUCGAGAACAAUCGUAUGGUGAAUAUAUUUACAGACCUUUACUACCUGACCUUCGUGCAGGAGCUGAACAAAUCCCUGAGUGGCUGGCAACCCACAAUCUUACCAAAUAACACAGUUUUCUCCCGUGUCGAGGAGGAGCACCUCUGGGAGUGCAAACAGCUGGGUGUAUACUCACCCUUUGUGCUUCUCAACACCCUCAUGUUCUUCAACACCAAGUUCUUUGGGCUGCAGACAGCAGAGGAGCACAUGCAGCUCUCCUUCACCAACGUGGUGCGCCAGUCCCGCAAGUGCACCACAGCCCGUGGCAUGACCAAGGUGGUGAGCAUCCGCUACUACGCUCCUGCCAAGCAGAAGAAAAGCCGAGAUGGCGGCUCUGGAAAACGGAAGCGUGAGGAGGAGGUUCCGAUGCUGGAGCAGCGGGAGAACAGGAUGAAUCCCCUCCGAUGCCCAGUCAAGUUUUAUGAGUUUUAUCUCUCCAAAUGUCCCGAGAGCCUGCGGAACCGCAGCGACGUGUUCUACCUGCAGCCCGAGCGCUCGUGCAUCGCCGAGUCCCCGCUAUGGUACUCGGUGAUCCCCAUGGACCGCAGCAUGCUGGAGAGCAUGCUGAACCGCAUCCUGGCCGUCAGGGAGAUCUACGAGGAGCACAGCCGCCUCAGCAGCCUGGAGGACGACGUGGACUAAGGCAGAGGUGCUGCUGGACUGGCUGCACUCCAGCCCUGGACACCUCAUCUUGCUGCUUCCCAUUGCAGGGCAGGGGCCGUGCAGCAUAGGAAGGGAUGGUGCUGCAGCAGUGCUGUCCCUGCAUCAUUACCAGACUUGGACCUCCCAUCCUGCUCGUUACAGGCAUCCCCUACGUGCGUGGCCCCCACACUCAGCUCUGUCUCCAGUUCUGGCUGCUGGGUGAGCCAUCUUCCCCAGGGUCUGUUCCCAUGGCACAGGAGUGGCAGAGUCCCUGGUGCAGCUCCCCUUGCCCAGCCCUGUCCCUCCCCUACCCCCAGCCCUGCCACUGCCCCUCUCUCCCUGUGCCCCAGGGCAGGAAUUGCACAAAACACAUUGCCCCGUUGGACCAGUGGCUCCCAAAGCUUUUACUUCCCACUUCCUUUAGCAUUCCCUCACAAGGCUGGAGGCGUCAAGGCAGGAACAGUAGCUCUGCUGCUGGGGCAGGAUUGUCUUUUCAAGCCAGUGGGCAUGGGCCCCAGGCAGCCUGACAGCUGUUGGGUCAGGGGGAGAACUUUUGUCCCAGGGCGAGAGAGAUUUGGGUUGGUUGCAGGGAGUGGAUGGGGCUAACACUGGAAUUUGUGGGCAGAGAUCUGGCCUUGCCACAGGGAUACCUCCCUUGUGUGCAACCAGAAUGCCUCCCUCUCUUUGGUCAGUGUUUUCUGAGUCUGCUGAAAACUGAUGGAGAUGGGUCUGUACUAGUGCUGCCCCUCUAUCCCCAGUGUUCCCUGUCUUGGUGUAAGGACCCUCCCCUGUGCAAGGUGCCAUCAGUGGAAACCUCUGCUCCAGCCAGGGGCCCAGGCAUUUGCUUGCAGAAGCAGGGAGCCCUGCCUGGCCUCCCCCUCCCUCCCACAGCCACAGGCUGCCACCACCCUGCCCAGGGCAAAUCUGGCUCCAGCUGUGCCACUCCAUGCUGCCUCCUGCCCCUUCUCGUGUUCUGGUCGGUUUUCUUGAGCUGUACACGGGUCUCCUGUUGAGCCUGUAUAUAUUGUUCUGGGCCCUGGCCUGGGGCCAUCUGUUCUCUGUGUCCAUGUGGAGAGUGAGCUGCUCACCAGUCUUGUUGUAGUGAUGCCAGGGCAGUAGGACUAACCCUGUGUCUCUGGAAACCAUUCAUUUCAAAUAAAGAUGUGGAAAACUU